AUGAUUGUCGACUUCAAACUAGUCACCGUCAAACAGAAAUAUCUGGAAUUUUCUGAAAAUUUGGGUGUCCUUAUCUCGGAAUACGUGGCACGUCUUCAGAAGAUCCCCGUCCUUGUCACCCUUCGUGACGUGGCCACUCUGACGAAUGUGACGUCAUCGGCGGAGAAUACCGCACGGAUUCCGUAUAAGAAGCGGAAAAUUUAG